AUGACUUCCCGUGUCACAGUUCAACAGGUUAUGGGCCGCACUUCGGCUUAUAUUAAUCUUACUUCCUCCGAAAAACUCACUCCUCUCAACUAUCAUGUCUGGGCUACCAAAAUUCUUUUGGGUCUUCGUGCUAUGAAUAAUGGUGUCCACCUUUAUGUCGAAGCUGGUACUGUCAAUCCAGCUGCCAAUGAAUCCCUCGAAGACCUCACCGCCUCGCUUGAUACCGUCGUCCAUGAUGUCAUCCUCAACAAUAUUUCUCCUGAGUUGAUCGAACAUGUUAAUGAUGUGGCCAUUAGAGGCCGUGACCUCUGGCUUUAUCUUCAUCAGGAGUAUAGUCAACUUCAACCCGCCGAUGUCAUCUCACUUAUGAAAUCCCUCUAUGCUGGCAAUAUUGAUGUUGGUCCCAAGUUUGUUUCUUCUGUUCGUUCUUAUGUUGCUACCUGGCGUUCCAUCUACCAAUCAUUGUCGCCUGAUUCGGUCGUGGCCUUCAACGCUUUGGCUUCAAUGGGUCCCAAUUGUGAGCGCUUCAUCCAGUACGCCUUGGAGCACCGCUUUGAUAGUAACAACAAUACUGACAACCUUGAUAUCAACAACUUCAUCCGGAACACUGAUAAAUGGGCCAAGUUGUUGAAGAUUACUGGACCUCCUGCUACUCUUUCGACUGAAGCGUUCGUUGCUUCAUCAAAGAAGUACAAUAACAAAUCUAAGGGUGAUGGUAUCAAAUGUUUCCGUUGUAAGAGACGUGGUCAUACUUCCAACAAUUGUCAUGUCUCUUGGGAAGAGGUUCAGGCUGCUCGCCAAGAUAAUAAGGAUGACAAGGAAUCUAAGGAGGCUAAAACCUCAAGAGGUUGGUUUGCUGAGACUAUUGAUGAAUUUUCUGAGAUAGUUGAUGAUGAUCCAUUUGUGAGUUCCGCUUUUGUGUCCGAGACAUCUGUUGUUUCUGAAAAGUUUGGACUUGAUAUUGAUUCAGUUGGUAAACCGUUUGUUGGUUCCACUGAUGAUUCUUGUUUUAAUUCUGAACCGUAUGUCGGUUCUACUGUUGUUUGUUUGGAGUCUGAACCGUGUGUCAGUUCAGCUCCUAUUUGUUUUGAUUCUGAAUCGUUGGUCGAUUCGGAUAUUGUUCCUUUUGAUUCUGAACCGUUGGUCGGUUCUUCUUUUAUUUCUUGUUCUGAUUCUAAACCGUUGGUCGGUUCUGAUGAUGAUAUUGUCUUACCUUCUUUUGAUUUUUUGGUGGAUUCAAUUACUGAACCUUCUCCGCCUAUUGUUAAACCUAUUGUUACACCAAAAUCCCGUUUUUCUCCAUUCUUUUACUUAUCUUUUGUUACCAUCAUGUUGUUUUCCUUGAUUUUAAUUGUCGUCUGGCAUCCUUCUUCAAUCUUGGAUUUAAGUCAUUCAGUCCAUCACGUUUUUGUUGCUGAAUCUACUACUUCUGCUGAGGCCAACUUAGUUGUUGGGUCUGAUUCUUUUGACUUUAUCCAUGAUACUGGUGCUACUAGUCAUAUUUGCAAUAACAUCUCAUAUUUUUCUUCUCUUCGUCCCACUUCGGCUACCAUUCGUGGUCUUGGUUCUGCUACUGCUGAGGGGGUUGGUGACAUUGUCGUUGAUCUUCUUGGUAAAGAUGACCAGCCUUGUGACCGCGUUGUUCUUCGAGAUGUUCUAUAUGUUCCUAAGAUUCCUCGCAAUUUAUUUGCUGCUCGUCGAGCUACUGCUGGUGGUUGUCGGUUCAUUCAAGACCUUAACCAUAUUUCUGCUGUUGAAAAUGGCAAAACUCGAGUCCACGCCAUUGCCAUGGGUGACUUGUACUUUUGUCGUUUCCGAGUUGUUUUGCCUUCCAAGCCAGUCCAUGAGGUGUUUGCUGUUGAGUCGUCUGCCAAUCUUUGGCACAAGCGACUUGGUCACGCCAGUGUGGACGUUCUCAAGAAAUUAUCUAAGUCACUUUCUGUCAAGCCUACUCAUUUUGAGAUUGUGGAUAGUCAUAAGUGUGACGCUUGCUUGGGUGGCAAAGCCACAGCAUUGCCAUUUAAUGGUACCACAGAAAAAGCUAGUCGUCCUUUGGAGUUAUUUGUUUCUGAUUUAAGCGGUCCUCAUGUCGCUACCCCUGUGGGUCAUCGUUAUGUCUUAACCAUUAUGGAUUAUUAUUCCAGGUACUCUUAUGUGGAGUUGUUGGUUAGGAAAAGUGAUGCAAGUCUUGCCAUUCGUAACUUUAUUGCUAGGUGUGAAUCUUAUUUUUCUGGUGAUUCUGCUGGUGAUCGAGUUGCAUAUUUUCAUUCUGAUAAUGGCGGCGAAUACAUUUCCAAAGACCUGGAGCAGUUCUUUGUGUCUAAGGGUAUCAAGCAUACUUAUACAGUUCCUCAUACUCCUCAACAAAAUGGUGUUGCUGAGCGAUUGAAUCGCACAUUAUUUGAGAAAGCCAAGUCUAUGCUUUUAUAUGCUCAUGCUCCUGAAUACUUAUGGGGUGAAGCUGUCAAGUCUGCUAAUUAUAUUAGGAACCGUCUUCCUAGUCGUACCACUGGUGGUGUUGCACCUCUUCAACUUUGGACUGGUAAACCUCCUAGUUAUCACCAUAUGAAAGUAUUUGGUUGUCAAGCUACAGUUGUUCUUCCUGGUGCUAAAAGAGAAUCUAAGUUAAGUUCAAAUACUGAAGCUGGUGUUUUUGUUGGGUAUUCUUUGGAUCGUACAGCUUAUCGAGUUCUUCUUGAUUCAAGCAUUGUUGAAGCCAGGAGUGUUUACUUUGAUGAGUCCAAGUUUCCAUUUAUGAAAAGUGAUAAGGACUUGUCUAUUAAUGCUACUGGUGUUGGGUUUAGUGUUGGUUCUGGUUCAGGGUCCAUGUCAGGACCUUGUUUUGAUUCUAAGGGGACUGGUUUAGGAUCUAAUGUUAGGGUUAAUUCUAUUGCUAGUUCUGAUUUAAGUUCUGGUUCUAGUUUUGGGUCUCAUAGAUCUUUACCAGCAUCCUCAUCUGGUUCUGGUUCUGGUUCUAUUUGUGCUUUACCGUCUCCGUCUCCGUCUUCUUCUCCGUCUCAUUCUCCGUCGCCGCCUCCUUCUUCUUCUUCUUCUUCUAUUAUUGUUCAUAAGCCUCGUUCUGUUCGUCGCAUUUUGUCUACACCUUCUGCUCCUCUUGAGUCUCCUACUCUUCCUUCUAUUGCUUCAGUUCCAUCUCUUCCUAGUUCUCCUAUUCUUCCACCUUCAGAUCAUGAUGUCUCUAUCUCUCCUGACUCAAGUCCAAUUGUUUCUUCUUCGGAAUAUAUUCCUUCACAAUUAGACUUAUCUGAAGCUGGUCCAUCUAUUAAUGAAUCUGAUAUUUCAGGUGAUUCUGGGAUCUCGCAACGAGGGGGUGAUAUUGGGUUUCAACCGUCUAUCAUUGCUUCGUCUCCCACUCCACCACCUUUUGUUGAGUUGGAAGUAGUGCCACUUAGUCAAGAAUCUCCUUCGUCUGAUCUUGUUAAUUCUCUUGACCAAGCUGGUGUUAGUGUUGUCACUAAGGAUGAUACUCAAGCUGUUUUGCCUAAAUCUCGAUCUCGUGUUGUUGCUGUUCGUUUACCUUCUAUAACUCCUGCCAAACGUCCGAGUUCUGAUGACAUUGUUUCACCUCCUUCUAAACAUCUUUGUGAAAAUUCUUUGAAACAAUCUCCAGUGUCUGCAACACCUGCAAAACGUCCAGCUGAAGAAGAGUGUAUUUCUUAUCGUCGUCUCAAAUCUCUUCGUUUUGAGUAUGAUGAUGUGGCUUUACUUGUUUUUACAGAUCCUAGUAGUUUUGAAGAAGCUAUGUCUAGUGAAGAAGCUGAGUUUUGGCUUGAAGCCUGUGUUAUUGAAAUGUCGUCUCUUAAACGCAAUGGUACUUGGGAAUUGGUUGAUCUCCCACCUGGUCGCAAGGCUAUCAAUAGCAAAUGGGUAUUUAAAGUUAAGCGCAAAGCUGACGGUUCAAUUGAACGUUACAAAGCUCGUCUCGUGUGUAUUGGAUUUUCGCAAGUUGAAGGUAUUGAUUAUACUGAAACUUUUGCUCCCGUUGUUCGUUACGAGACUGUGAGGAUUGUUCUUGCUAUUGCUGCUCAGUUUGGGUUCCAGGUUCAUCAUAUGGAUGUCGAGACUGCAUUUCUUAAUGGUGAUCUCAAAGAAGAUAUUUAUAUGAGACAACCUAAAGGCUUUGUUGUCAAAGGUCAGGAAUCUAAAGUGUGUCAUUUGAAGAAGUCUUUAUAUGGUUUAAAGCAAGCUCCUUUGUGUUGGAAUGAGAAGAUUCAUGGUGCUCUUGUCAAACUUGGGUUUAUUCGUAAUGAAAGUGACUACGGUGUGUAUACCAAAGGAUCUGGGUCUACCAUGGUUAUUAUCGCACUGUAUGUUGAUGAUUUACUUAUUUCUGGCAAUUCUUCUGAAGUCAUUGCCAAAACCAAGUCUUCUUUGUCAUCUAUGUUUAAGAUGAAAGACUUGGGCCCAGUCGAGCAGUUCCUUGGCAUGAGAGUUAAGCAGUCACCUUACCAUAUUACUGUGGAUGUUUCGCGUUAUAUUUUUGAUAUGUUGGAGGAGUUUGGUAUGCAGAAUUGUUCAAGUGUCAAGACUCCUUUACCCACUCGUGAUCUUUCUGAUUUUUCCGAGUCUGACUCUGCUACCGAUGCCUCCAUGUAUCGCAGUAUUAUUGGUAAGCUGAUUUAUGCUGCUAAUUGUGCUCGUCCUGAUCUUGCUGUUGCUGUUAGCUUUCUUUGUCGAUAUAUGCAGAGUCCUAAGUCUAUUCAUAUGGAAGCUGCUAAGCAUACUCUUCGUUAUCUUAAGGGUACUGCUGAACUUGGUCUUGAAUAUCGAGCUCAGAAAGUCUACAAGCUUGUUGGCUAUAGUGAUGCCGACUAUGCACAGGACAAGCAGGACCGUAAGUCCUUUACUGGGUAUGUUUUCAUUCUGUCUGGUGGUCCCAUUACUUGGGCUUGUCGAAAGCAAGUUAGUCCUGCAUCGUCCAGCGUCGAGUCUGAGUACAUGUCAUUGUCUGAUGCGUCUAAGGAAUGCUUCUGGAUUAAUCAGUUGUUGUCCCUUUGCAAGAUUCCUGUUCCGUUGCCAGUGACUAUGUUUGAGGACAAUCAGGGAUGUAUUGCAUUGGCUCAGAACCCAGUGUUUCAUCGUCGCACCAAGCAUAUUGAUGUUCGAUAUCAUGUUGUGCGUCACUAUAUUCGCAGUGGAGUGAUUCAUCUGGAGUAUCUUGAUACUCAAGUGAUGUUGGCAGAUAUGUUCACUAAGAAUCUUGGUCGUGUGAAGUUUGAGACAUUAAGGGGACUACUUGGUAUGAAGGCAGUAGGUGAUUCUGCGACAAGGGGAGGUGUUGAGCAUGCAAUGUUGUCGCAGACUAGUGCAGUUGAUAAUGCACGUGAGUUUGGGUGGGAAACUAUGGUUGACAAUCUAUGUUUAUUUUAG